AUGACGACUCACCACCGCCAGACAUCAGUUCAUGAAGUUAAGGAAACUCUUGACGCUACGGUGACUGAAAACAAAGAAGGCGAACGUUGUCUAAACAACUAUGUUUUGAAAGAAGUCAUUGGACAGGGAGCUUAUGGAACGGUCAAUUUAGCUGUAGAUAAGCUCACUGGAAAUAAAUAUGCUAUUAAAGAAUUCAGUAAAACUCGACUUCGUAAAAAAACUAACUAUUUCCGUCGUCCGCGUGGACGUUUUGGCAAAGCUAUGGAAAAUUAUGAUCUAUCAUCAUCGGACCCUCUUUAUUUGAUCCGUGGUGAAGUUGCUGUCUUGAAAAAAUUAAAUCAUCCAAAUGUGAUCAAAUUGUUCGAAGUGUUGGAUGAUGAACAGGAUUCUUUAUAUAUGGUUUUGGAAGUGUGUGAAGAAGGUGUUCUUAUGGAUAUCAGCAUUCAGAAGGUAACAACGCCAUAUUCCAAUGAAAAAGCUCGACGUUAUUUUAGAGAAAUGAUACUUGGCUUUGAAUAUUGUUUCUUGAUUGGUCCAUUAGAUCCUAAGACUAUAAACAUAAAAACCAGAUUGUUAACAUCCUUAGCCAUACUUGUGAUCGAACUUUCAGUACAUGAGCAUGACAUUGUUCAUCGAGAUAUCAAGCCCGAUAAUCUCCUUUUGUCUGCUGAAGGUGUUCUCAAGAUUGUAGAUUUUGGUGUGUCUGAGAUGUUUACUGAAGGGAAUGAUAAAAUGAAAAAAUCGGCUGGUAGUCCAGCUUUUAUGGCACCGGAAUUGUGCGUGGCCAAUCGUGGAGAGAUUUCUGGAAAGGCUGCUGAUCUUUGGUCUAUGGGCGUGACUUUGUAUUGUCUUGCUUUUGGACGUUUGCCUUUCGUGAAAGAUAACAUAGUUGACUUAUAUGAAUCGAUAAGAAAUGACGAUAUUACUUUUCCAGAAGGUUCGAAUCCCGACCCUGACCUUAUGGACCUUCUUCAUAAAAUUCUUGAAAAAGAUCCUGAGAAAAGAAUUAUUAUGUCUAAACUCAGAGAGCAUCCAUGGGUAAAUAAUCACGGAAAAGAUCCUCUCAUAUCAACUAAAGAAAAUUGCAGUGAACUUGUCACCGAAAUUACGGUUGAUGACUUGAACUCUGCAAUUAAACUCUUAAGUUUUAGAAGCAUUGUUGUUGUGCAUCGUGCUGUUCAACAAUUCAAAAGACUGUCAAAGUCGCAUCAUUAUUCGGCAGAAGAAAUGGAUAAAUUGAAAAUGGAUGUACAGGAUGCCGAUGAAAAGAAAGAAAUGGAAGUAAAUGAACCUAUUGCUAUUAUUACGGAAA